AUGGGCCAGAUCCACACCGCAAAUGAACGUCGCCUAGGAGAGGUUAUCGGCAAGGAUAUCGCGGGUAGGCUGCACACGGGGCGCAGUCGCAAUGAGCAGGUUGUCUGCGAUAUGCGCAUGUGGCUACGCGAUCGAAUCCGCGAAAUCGACACUCAACUUGUCGCAUUUCUCAAGGUCAUUAUCGCGCGCGCCGAGUCUGAGAUGUGGGCCCAAUGGCUGAUGGCGCAUGCCGCUUCGUUCAAGCAAGAUCUCGAGCGACUCCGCCAAGUUUUCGAAAGAGUCAACCUCAGUCCACUUGGCUGCGGCGCUCUGGCUGGCAACCCCUUUGGAAUUGAUCGAGACUCAAUAGCUCAGGAGCUCGGUUUUAGCGGAAUCACCUUAAACUCUAUGAACACGAGCGCUGAAAGGGAUUUUAUUCUCGACUUCCUAAUCUUCACGAGCGUUUUCACCAGCCACAUCAGCAGGUGGGCUGAGGACCUCAUUAUUUACUCAUCCUCUGAGUUCUCUUUCCUUCGACUGGCGGACGCAUACAGUACGGGUAGUUCUCUAAUGCCAAACAAACAUAACCCCGAUAGUUGCGAGCUUUUGCGCGGCAAGUCAGGGCGUUCUUUCGGUCAAAUGGCAGGAUUGAUGAUGACUAUGAAAGGCCUGCCAUAUUGCUACAAUAAGGAUGCCCAGGAGGGAUGGGAACCUAUGCUCGAUGCAGUUGAGACUGUGUCCGAUAGUCUUGGCAUAGCUAACGGGGUUAUCUCCACACUGAAGGUGCGACCUGAGCGGAUGCAGGCUGCUCUAGAUAAGACGAUGCUAGCGACGGAUGUUGCGGAGUGGCUGGUGAGGAAUGGAUGUCCGUUCAGAGAAGCUCACCACAUCUCUGGACGUGUUGUUGCGCUGUCUGAAAACUCUGGGGUUUCGAUGGACAAGCUGACACUGGAGCAACUGCAAGCUAUUGAUCCACGGUUCACAGCGGGCAUUGCGGAGGCAUUCGAGUACGAGACGAGCGUCGAGGCGAAAUCGUCUAAAGGCGGUACGAGUCGGUCAGCCGUGCUGGAGCAGAUCCAGGUCGUUAAGGCUAUGUUAGAUUAG